CGGAGAGCUCUGAAAGCUAGGAAUGCGUUUUAUCGUGAUCUAGCUAGCACCUUUGGAGAAGGAAUCGAAUGCCCAGGCUGAACUUGCUCUCGUGGGCUAGAGAGACAGAGCUGUGGGCGAGGGGUUGGUGUUUGAUACUGGAACCGCGGGCGGUGCGGAGAUUGCAAAAGUUAGCACAGGAGCAGUAAUCGUCUUCCCUGGGCAAUCGAUCUCUUUCCGCAGUGGCAGUGGUAGCAUGCCCAGGGACUGCGACGUGCUUGGAGGUGAGUAGUAGUCGUGGUGGUGUAUUCUGGGUGUGGUGCGUCACAGAUAGAUCCACGGGCCAGGCAAGGCAAGGCGUAAAUAAAACAGCAAGCACCAACAGCAAGGCCACGUCGGCUUACCGCUGACGAUCUUUCUUUAGCUUCAAGCAGAAACAAUCCUUUGGCCUUUGAUAUGGAUUCGCCCCCGUUCUCAGCGCUACCCUCUCUCACCCCUCCUCCUUUCCUCCUUCGAUGUUUCAGCCACGAGAGCAACAGCCACACACCCCCUUGGGGUUGCCCCUCCCCGAAUACGAUUUCUGGUCCGUGCACAGGGCUCGAUGUCACAUGCUACCUUGGAACUUUGAACGGCGCCCGGCCGCCUCACCAUCUUCACGCCGUCGCGUUUCCCUCACGAUCGUAUGUCGCCACCACGCGUCUCCGAACGUCACCGCUCGUCAUCCGCACACAUUCGCUCCUUCUUAGCGGACGGCUCGAUGCACCUGCCACCAGAGGAGCCGAGGGUGCUACCUGCUCUCAUCCCCAUCCCCCUUCCGCAAACAUCACUUCACCAUCCAUUUCUACCACGACGACGGCUAUACCCCGAGGGCAUCGACUGAAGAUAAAUCGCAAGGGAUUCAUCAACACGUCACCGCAAGGGACCGGCUUGGUGCGCCAUCCUGACGACAUAUCAUGAACACACAAAAUAUCACCUAUCUCUCCGAAAUGGCAUCAAACGGCACAACAACC